ACCUAAGAUAUGUUGAUAUCGAUUGGUCCCAGAAACGGUGAACAGUUUGAUUGUACACAUAUGUCAUUAGCAACCAAAAGGCCGUCACAGCAGCCUUUGGGAAAGAAGAAAGGUGACGGCACUGGGAGAGCGGUGAAACAUGAACUUACAGAAGACCAAAAGCAGGAAAUUCGAGAAGCAUUUGACCUUUUUGACACUGAUAAAUCAGGAACGAUAGAUAUCAAAGAGUUGAAAGUCGCUAUGCGUGCACUCGGCUUUGAACCAAAGAAGGAAGAAGUAAGAAAGCUUUUGUCUGAAUUCGAGUGUGAUAAUAAAGACUCGAUUGAAUUUUCAGAUUUUUUGAAAAUGAUGUCUUUGAAAAUGCAAGACAAAGAUGCAAAAGAGGAAAUGCUAAAGGCCUUCCGACUAUUCGAUGAUGACGAAACCGGCAAAAUAUCUUUCAAGAACCUUAAGCGUGUAGCGAAAGAAUUAGGAGAGAAUCUCACGGAUGAAGAAUUACAGGAAAUGAUUGAUGAAGCUGAUCGUGAUGGUGAUGGUGAAGUUAACGAGCAAGAAUUUCUUCGGAUUAUGAAAAAGACAAGUCUAUAUUAAGUUCACUUUCUACUGCUGUGUAUAUACGGUUAUUUCCAUAAUAUAUUUUUAUUGAACCACUUACUGUUAUCUCUGCUUCUGGUCCAAAAUACAGUGUUAC